CGUGUCAUCGCGGAGCGGCUGUCGGACAGGUGCCGUGGGAAGGGCAGGAUAUUCUCCUGUAUUAUUUGCCACGCGGAAGUGCGAACGCUGUGCGUCUCCCUGCGGCUGAACGAUAAGCAGCCGCCCUGAUAAACACCGGAACACCUGCUGCUGCUGCUGCUCCCUCUAUCCCAACAUGGCACCCAGAGAUCCUCUGCUCGCCUCCCUCAAAGUGUGUCUCCUGAACAUGCAGUCAGACGGAGGCGCAGUGACGGACUCCAGUCCUCACCUCCCCUCCUGCUGCGAGCUGCUGGAGCUGGUCCUCAGGAAGGGGCUGCAGCAGCCGGUCCUGAGUCUGGUCCAGAGAGAUUACUGGCAGUGCUUCGAGCAACUUCCUCAUCAAGACACCUGUGGCAGGCUCUCUGCUCUUUCUCUGGCUGUCGAGCAGACCAGAGUUUGCAGGAAGCUCAUCUCAGCCCAAGGCCGGGGCCGCUACCUGCUGCGGCUGGCCCUCGGCCGCAAGGCUCUGUCGCAGUUCUUCACCCACCUGCUGCACACGCCUAGAGUUCUGGAGGUCAGACACGCUGCCAACGCUUUGCUUUCGCUGAUCCGUUACUCCUCACUUAUACGUCUGUUCAUCCUCCGUUUACAGUGGUACAGUCCCACGUUAUCGAUCCUCAGGAAUGAGGAUUUUGUCGAGCCGUUCAUGUCGCUGCUGCUGGUGCUCUCUCACAUGGAGUUCAAGCUGGACAUGGAGAACUGUAGUUUUCUAGAUGAGAGCUGGCUGCUACCGGUGUGUGACACCUAUGAAGUCGUGCCCUGUCGGGAAGUUGGGAUGGUUUUAAGGUAUCUAAGCGGGCGUGUCUUCGUCCUGGACUUGGUGCCUGGCAGCCAGGCUCAUGUUGACAUGUUUGUCUCCUCUGGUGACAUCAUCGAUGAGAUCAAUGGGUCUUCCCUGAGAAACUGCAAAAACGGACAAGCAGGCGUUCUUCUGUCCAGUCUCAAGGGCUGCCCUCUGUCCAUCCGUAUUCUGCGAUGCAGGGCCCAGGACGGAACGAUAUAUCGUCCCCUCGUCAAAAUCUUGAAGGCCCUGAGGAUGGAGAACCCCAACGCGCAGCUCGGCCUCUCUCCCCAACAAAAGCAAGCCAACGUCAGUCAAAAGCCUCCCGGCGCCUCCCAGUGCCUCAAAGAGGGAAGAAUCGUCUACAUUGUGAAGUACUUGGGGAAAGCAAACAUCGGAAUGUUUGGAGGAAAGGAAGUCUUGCAGCAUGCAAUUCCUCAGGUGUUGCAUAAAAACCAGCCAAGCAAGGAGGUGCUCUUAGACCUAAAGGAAACACAUUUGACGUGUACGGACCGAAAUAGUACAAUGAAGCUGUUUGAGCAUCACUACCCAGAGGUUUCUUGCGUAGGGAGGUUUGCUCAACCCGGAUACACGAUAUUCGCCUUCUGCGUGGCAGAUUCUCCAGAAACCCCUCAGUCCUCUGGGUUUUGUUGCGUUGUGUUCAAAGCCGGCAGCAUGAAGGAGUGCGAGGAUAUAGUCUGCCGCAUUGCUGCUGGGUUCAAGCAUACAGAAUGGUUUGUAUAGCCACCGAUCAACUCACCCAUGUAAAAAAAAACAAACAAAAAAAAAACAUGUUAAAACUGUGUUAUUGUCUGUAUAUCACCACAAGACACAACUUUGUAUUCAUAAAGACCUUUAAUAGAAAGACA